AUGGAGGUCCGAGCGCCGGGCUGCACCGUGGCCCACUGCCGGCAGGAAGGGAAGGAUCGAAUCAUAUUUGUGACCAAAGAAGACCAUGAAACUCCAAGCAACGCGGCGCUGGUGGCCGACGACCCCAGUGAUCGGUACGAGGAGCACGGACUGAUCCUGCCCCACGGAGACAUCAGCUGGAACUGCCCUUGCCUUGGGGGCGUGGCCAGCGGCGCGUGUGGGGAACUGUUCAAGGCGGCCUUUUCCUGCUUCCACUGCAGCACAGAGGAUGUCAAGGGGUCGGACUAUGUAGACCAGUUCCAGGCCAUGCAGGAGUGCAUGCAGAAGUACCCGGACCUCUAUCCCCAGGAGGAGGAGGAGGAGGAGAAGCCAGCGGAUCGAUUAGAGGAAACGGCUGCCUCUGAGGCCACCACAACCAAAAAAGAGGAGGGGGUCCAGCUAAUGAAGGCCCGGGGCGCGCUGGGCUCCAGCCUCCUUCAGAGAGGAUGA